AUGCCUCAAUAUACAACAAUCAAGCAGAUGAAGGAUAAGAUGAACGCAGCAAGAUUUGCUGGUGAAAACGCUAGUAACAUAGUUGAAAUCAGCAAUAUCAUCUCGUUCAUAAAAACCAUGAAGCUUGUUCAUUUUGGAGUAGCAGAAAAGCCCAUUGAUACAACAACAUUUGAAGAUCAUCCGGAUAUUGAUAGAGUGGAGGAUAAAGCUUCACUUUCACAACUCUGGUCAACAUUUGGUCGCUUUUCUAUUUCGCUCAACAUGCCUGACAAGCAAAAACUGAUUGAUGGCACUUUUACAAUCUCAAUGAUUGGUAUCGCUUUAUACCAUUAUAUAGCUAGAAUAAAGAAUAUCAGUAAGAGGCAAGUCCACUUUACACCAGAUCAACAAUCCUACCCAAUUCGCUAUUCUUCCAGAAUCAACCUUCAACAUGUUACAUAUCACUCGCAGCUUCACAAAUAUAAACAAAAAAAUAUCACAAAAGACGGAUACUAUGUAAUGUUCAAAUAUGCACAUACUAUUUACAGAAAUGGACUUAUUGUGUUUGCUGUCUACGAAAUGACUGUAUCGGGAUCUAUAGCUGACACUGAUGUAUUAUGGUCAAAUAAUACUCAGUGAAUCAGAGGUUUCCGUAAAAGAAUAGGUCUUCCCUUUAGGUGGAUAAUUACUCGUCCAUCCCAGAGCGGAUUGAUUUGUAAUGUGCUAUCCUGGCAGAUCCAGGGUGAUCAUGCAGCUACAUCUAUAAUCCAAUAUCUAUCGGCCACCAGUUGUGUAGCUCAGAUACUGUGGGAAUGAUUAUAGAUGUUGGCUAGGAAGAGGUAUUCGUGCGUGGUGUUCUUUUGAUUGCGUGAACAGUUAUUGUGUUAAUAAAGAGUGAUUGAGCCUUUUUUAUCUCCAACCAUACUUUAUUUCCAGAACAGGGAGCAGUACCGUGACCUACUAUGUUUUGGUUGUUGAAUCAAUAUAUCCUACGAGUACAUAUACCAAUCCUGCUAUAUACCUGAAUGUCAUAUAGCCAUAGAUAACCUAAGUAAAAUAUAUUUC